CUCCGAGCCACCUCGCCACCGCACCCCUUUCGCCAUAUUUUUCAGAACGAAAAAAGGGGUGAGGCACGUUUGGGACGUGGAAGUGUGCCAGUUCUGGUUAAUUAACGUUGGUGGUUUGAAGUGGUCCAGCAGCAGGGUGAACCUUUUGCUGAAUGACUACAUCACAUUUUUGACAUCUGUACCGGCGUCUGGGCAACAUACAGAUUUUUACAGAAUUUACCAAGUUGGUCAGUUGGUCUUCCCUUUCAAGAUGGCGGCAAACAAACCCAAAGGACAGAACUCCUUGGCUCUACAUAAAGUUAUCAUGGUCGGUAGUGGAGGAGUUGGAAAAUCAGCAUUGACAUUGCAGUUCAUGUAUGAUGAGUUUGUGGAAGAUUAUGAACCUACAAAAGCAGAUAGCUACAGGAAAAAAGUGGUUUUGGACGGAGAAGAAGUUCAAAUUGAUAUCUUGGAUACUGCUGGGCAAGAGGACUAUGCUGCUAUUAGAGAUAACUACUUCAGAAGUGGUGAAGGCUUCUUGUGUGUUUUUUCCAUUACAGAGUUAGAGUCUUUUGCGGCAACAGCAGAUUUCAGAGAACAGAUUUUGAGAGUAAAAGAAGAUGAAAAUGUUCCAUUUUUACUCGUGGGAAACAAGUCAGAUUUAGAAGACAAGCGUCAAGUUUCUGUCGAAGAAGCAAAAACACGUGCUGAACAGUGGAGUGUAAACUAUGUAGAAACAUCUGCAAAGACAAGAGCAAAUGUUGAUAAGGUGUUUUUUGAUUUAAUGCGAGAAAUCCGUGCACGAAAAGUAGAAGACAGCAAAGAGAAGAAUGGAAAAAAGAAAAGGAAAAGUCUGGCCAACCGAAUCCGGGAAAGAUGUUGCAUUUUAUAAUGACACAGAUAGGUUUAUAUUCUGAUACCCUUCCUUUUACUAAACAACUUAGUUUGUUAGCAUGCCCUUCAGAAGGCUUUCAGAAACUAAAGUUCAAGAUCAUGGGGGACUCGCAUACAUACGGCUUUAAGAAACAAAAAAGUAGAAAAAAAUAAAGUUAAAGCAUGAAUUAGGACCUACUUGGGAAGGAGCAGCCUCUUUUGAAAUGCUGUUGUGUAAGGUGAUUGAAGAUGCAGCACAGUCAAGUUUUAUCAUGGGUUCCAUUUUCCUUUAGGUUUAAUGCCUGCAUGUAGUAGGCAAUGUCUGUCUUAUCCACUGGUAUAUAAUCUUGCACACUCCGAAAUUCUGUUAACAUCCAAUGCCUUGGUUAGUUAAAUGAAUGUGAAAAGCAGUUUACUUUGUCUCUUGCUGGUAAUAUUUUGAUAUGCAAUUUGGUAAACGAUAAGCCAGACAUUGUUUUUACAUUGUUCUUUUUAUGUGUGUGUCUUGUAUUCUUAGAUAAUUUGUCUACCUAUUGGCACUAAUACAAUAACAAAAGCCUUUGUAAAAUCUGUACAUAGAAAUAUUUGACUAUGCCUUAAUUUAAAAACAAAAAAACCCUGCAGGCUAUAAUGCUGGUAGUGUGAAGUGUGACAAUUUUUAUGCAUAAAAUGUUGAAUUGUUUGCAAGUGGUUUCUGUAUGAUCAUCCAGUGUGUGCCAUAUACAAAUACCCAAGGGCUUUCUUGCCAAGCCCUGGUAGCUGUAUUUUUCUUGUGAUUCUGUUUACAGCUCCUUACCCGACAAAGCACAUCAGUAUACCUAUCAAUGAAUUUGUUAAAGUUAAAGAAAAUGAGUCAGAAAGGGAGAAAAAGUUGAUUUUUCAAGUCUGUAGCAGUCAUUCACAAGAGAUUUUAUUGCAACUUUCUUAUUCAGAUCAUUUCAAUUAUGUAGCCUGUGAUGGCUAUAGUUCUAAAAACAGUACAGUAGUAUAAAAAAUGCUUAGCACUGGUCCUAGUGAUCAAAUGCAAGCCUUUUGUGUUUUAAAUAUGAAUCAUCUUUUUAAAUUCUGUAUAUAUAUAUAAAUAUAUUAGAGUAUAACAACAAACAAACCACAUAUCUGUUUUAGAGCUUUAUAGUUAAACUGUACAAAAACUAAACAUUUUUGAUUGGACCUUAUACCUUUGUAUUUUUCAUUUGACACGUUUCUAGAGUUGUUCUUGGAACUAUGCGAUGUAAAUUAAUCCUUCUCCUAAUUUUGUUCUAGCUAAAUGUCUAGUACAAAGUAACUUAUUUCAUUAAAGAUGCAUUGCAGCGGAAACAUUCUGUCAUAGUUUACUUUUUUAAAGUGAAGUUUCCCUAGCAGUAUGGAAAGCAAAAUACAUUUUUAUUACUUUAUCAUUUCUUAUUGUAGUGGCAGGCAGAUUCUGAAGUAAACCUUGAUACCUGCUUCAAUGGUCAGUGUAAAGAUUUUAAAUUAGUUUCCAAAGUCAUUACUCCAUUUGUAAUCAAUGCUUUUUGUGUGUGGCUGAACAAAACAAAAAUACAUUUAAGUUGUUAAAGAUGUACUAUUAUUUUGACAAACUUGACUUGUGUUCCAGAUGAGAAAGUAAUCAUGAGUGCUUAUACCAUAAUGAAUUAGGAAACUAGUCAUUGCACUGAUUGAAGAUCAGUUGUGAUUUGCAUACGAUAUUUUUAUCAGCACUUAAGAUGAGUUUUUUAAAAAUUGAUCACCAUCAUUUACAUUUUUUUUCAAGGGGCCAUGAGAAUUAAGCAGUAUGCCAUGGUUUUGUUGUUUUAUUGUCAAUUCAACUCAGGUUGAAGUCAGUCAGAAUAAUGUGUGUUUCUGGUAAACAGAAAAAAAGAAAAAGGCGCUCGAAGUCAGUCCAGAGUCUUAUGUGGUUUAUCAAAGAUGAUCAUGUGUAUUUUUAUGUGUUAAUUAAAAUGUCAUAAGCUCUAGUGUUCCUUUAUUUCAUGUUUUACUAACCCUAUGGAUCUUAUUUACCAUCAAGAAAAUAUAGUACCAGGGAAAGACUGCUUGUUUACAUUUUGGGGAAAUGGCAAAUAUACUGUAUCACCAAUUAUGUACUGUUUUCCGUUCUAAGUGUUACAAAGACAGUAAGUGUUGGGCUCACAAUCCAGUGACAGUGGAAUCACGGUGUUUCUCUUAUGCAGGUAUCUUUUGUCUGCUAAACAAAUUAAACAGGUAGGUUUAAUAGCACUUGUUCCUCAAAUAAUCACUUUAUCAAAGAAGAAUUAAAUAUGUGCAUCUGUUAUUGAUAGAUGUUCACAGGGUGAAGAAGGAAUUGUGCACCAUAAAACAUGUACUGCUGUGUGAAAAAGAAAUUCCAGACCUGAAGUAUUUGGUGUUCACUCAAAAUUGUACUUUUUUAUUUUGCUGUCAGAAAAGUGCUGUUUCUUGAUCACCCUGUUUGUUGUUUCCAAAUGUAAAAGCCUAAAGGGUUAUGGGUUGUGAAUUGAUUUUUUAAAAUUUGAUUUUAUUCAUUUUAUGUUGUUAUCUUUAUUGCAGUUACAUGCUAAUUCAGAUGUUGUCAUUUGGUUAGUUAAUGUGUGAAUGUUACUUUUUUUUAUAUCUUUUAUGUUACAAUAUUUACUUUUAACUAGGGAUCCCAAACCACUAAAACUCUUGCUGUCACCGUUUGAACUGCUGGGUACUUAGGUGCUAUGACGCCAUCCAGUAAAGAAUAAUGUCUGUAUCAGGCCGAAGCCAGUGCCCACACAUUUUAAUUGCUGUAUUUGAGCCAUUUCAGACAAAAAAAUAAACUUCCUUUUUUUAGAAAAA